AUGGGAGGGACAGACUCUCCGAGCACGGGGACUCCGAGCAAGACAGGAGCAACUCCACGGAAGUACACACCGCUGAGAAACAGGACACCCAACACGCCGAGCAGAGACAGCCUGGUCAAAGUGACCUUCAGCGUAAAGCAUGAGAUGCAGGUUGAGGACGCGAGCAUGUUCGUAAUCGGAUCUCUCCCCUCCCUGGGGUCAUGGGAUCCCCGUCGAGCGAGGAAGAUGAGCCAGGCAGAGGACGGGACUUGGAUGAUCGCCAUCUACCUCCCUGAGAAGGUUGAGUUCCUGUACCAGUACUGCCUGAUCCAGGAGGAGGAGGAUUCUGCCCGCCAGCCCCUUAUAGUCUGGCAAGGGAACAUCGAGAGGAAGUGCAAGGUCGACAACGCCUCGGACACGCCUGGCAAGCAGCUCAUCCUCGAGGACAACACGGCAGCCGACGGAGGGCGCGGCGAAGGGGAGCGGCAGCAGCAGGAGCUGAAAAUCGACCCGCUGGUACCAGUGGGAGCGAACUCGAUGCAGCAGAAGCUGGAGGUGAAGCAGAUCGAGAUUGACCAGCUGCUGGAGGAGAGAGAGCGAUGCCAGAACGAGUUGCAGAAGCUCAAGGACAUCAUCGGUUACGCCGACAACCCCGACGACUACAAGAAGCGUCAAUCCUACCUCCCUGACUUCAGCUCCCUCCUCUAUGACACCGUUCGAGAGCUGCAAUCGUCCGUGCAGAGCAAGUUGCGCAAGACCUGCUCCUCCAUCGCCGAGGAUCAUGCGUUCGAGGGAGGAAGCAGCGAAGACGUCAAGUUGGCGUUGCAAGAGGCAGAGACGAAAGUCAACGACCUCAGAAUGCGGCUGGAGCAGGCUGAGCUUCAACUGGGCGAGGCGACGGCCCUGCAUGAGGUGGAGAAGAAAGAGCUGCAGGAAUACUACGAGAAGGCUCUGGGAAAGAUGGACUGCAAGGAUCAAGAGGAUGCGAUGAAGAGGAUGAAGGUGGAGGAGAGUCGAACAAUGCUGGAGAGCUCCAUCCGCGUUGUGGCCGGGGAGCUCUUCGACGUCAGGCAGCAGCACGACAAGCUGAAGGAGGAGGCGAGAAGCUUGCAGGCCCUGCUGCUGGGAGAGGAGAUGAAGCAGCUGGAGCAGGCCAUUAGCGAUUGA